ACUUCUUGUCAUCUUAUAUGAAAACAACCUCUGGUACAUCAUUUGCUGUCUCUUCCUACUGCAGCUGGCUGAAGAGAUGAUUUUGACAGGAGGCUUGAAAUCUCUCCUUCCCCAUGUGCUAAGAAGAGUAAUUCGAUGCAACAGACUCAGUAUUAGUAAUACUUCUGGAAUGGCAGAGGGCUAUAAACAGGCCAACAUCGUGAUUUUGCACAAGUCAUUGGCUGAUGACUUUGAGAAGUUUUGCCAUGCAAAUGACGGACCCCUGCCACUGCUGUACAGAAGUAAACCAGGUGAUUGGAAAUGUCCUUCACUGAGUAGUGAUUCUGAUAUCAGAACUGACUGCCUACAGUACCGAAUAUAUGAGCACGGAGCUUGUACCGGACUACUGAAAAGCCUGAAGGAGUAUUCUGAAGAACUUAAGGACAUGGUGACUUUUUAUUUAGGCUGCAGCUUCUCAUUUGAAAAAGCAGUCCAAAAUUCUGGCAUUCCCAUAAGAAAUGUUGAGCAAAAAUGUAAUGUAAGCAUGUAUAAGACAGCUGUGCCUUGCUCCAGUGUUUCUACUUUUUGCUGCAACUUAGUAGUCACAAUGAGACCUAUUCCUGAAAGCAAGUUGGAAGCAGCUGUGAUAGCAACAUCCGCAUUGAAAGAAGCCCAUGGAGCACCAAUUCACAUGGGAGACCCUGGUCUGCUGGGAAUACAAGAUCUUUCCAAACCAGAUUAUGGAGAUCCAGUUCGCCUUCACCCUGGUGAUAUUCCAGUGUUUUGGGCCUGUGGAGUAACAGGAGUAGAAGCAGUCAUCAACUGCAGAGCUCCAUUAGCUUUUACUCAUUCUCCUGGCUGCAUGUUCAUUACCGACCUAAAGAAUGACAAUGUCACAGUCAGGUCCUCAAGAGAUGUCCCUCAAGUCCACUGCAUUUCUCAAGAUCCUCUGCGUUACAGUGUUGUGUCAGCAGAAGCAGCCCAAAAGAUAAAGACUCUGGAGACCUUAAUUGGAAUAGAUCCAGGAGAGCGGGGUAUAAUUCAUCUCCGCCGCCAGGACGAGCUGCUGAAGGCUUGCCUGUCCCUCUCCCACGCUCGGUCGGUGCUGGUAACAACUGGCUUUCCUACCCACUUCACUCACGAGCCGCCGGAAGAGAACGACGGGCCCCCGGGAGCCCUCGCUAUCGCAGCUAUGUUGCAGGCCUUGGAGAAAGAGGUUGCCAUAGUAACAGAUCAGAGAGCCAUGAAUCUGAAUAAAAAGAUUAUUGAAGAGGCUGUUCAACUAGGAAUCCUGAAGAGACCUGUCCCUCUAUUGAGUUAUCAAAGGGAAAGCGCUGAUUCAGCUUUAAUGUUUUUGUGUGAGAAUGGGAAUCCUGAAAGACCUAGAUUUGAUCACCUGAUAGCAAUAGAGCGUGCUGGGAUGGCUGCCGAUGGCAAUUAUUACAAUGCCAGGAAAGUGAAUAUUAAACACCUGGUGGAUCCCAUAGAUGACCUAUUUUUAGCUGCACAAACCAUUCCAGGAGUUGCAACAACAGGUGUUGGAGAUGGAGGAAAUGAAUUGGGAAUGGGCAAAGUGAAAGAUGCUGUAAAGAAGCACAUAAAAAACGGAGAUGUUAUAGCUUGUGAUGUUGAAGCUGAUUUUACUGUUGUAGCCGGGGUCUCUAACUGGGGAGGCUAUGCCAUUGCUUGCGCUCUGUAUAUUCUGAGCACUUGUGAAAUACAUGACCGCUAUCUGAGGAAAGCUGUUGGGUUUCCACGGUUAUCUAAGAAGAUGGUCUGGCUAUCGGCACUUCCAUCAGUUACCAAGGAAGAAAAGCUUCUGAAAACACUUGUGCAGCACGGGGUCCGCAGUGGAAAAACUGCCAGUCUGGAAAUGGAAGUGGACGAGCUGCCCUUCUACAACACCCACUCGCUUAUGAUUGAAAAGCUGCUGCAAGAAGCACAGCAGUGACUGUUCCAACGAUUUCUAUAUGCAGCGUUGCUCUCCCAUAUUGUUUCCUUAUUGUCUAGGCUCUCACAAGGUAUAAAUGAUCAGAAAAAGCUGACUUUUCAUCUCUGGUAUCUUGGCCGUGCACAGCCUUUCAUUGUCACCCUUACACCAUCUCUGUGAAGCGGGAAGGGGAUGUCGUCACGGUGAUUUGGGCUGCCUUUCUUUUCUGUAAUUUUGUAACAGAUAAUGGAUAUUAAAUGGUAUUAUGUAGUAAGAGGUGAUCUGGAUUUUACAAAGCAAGCUUAUCAUUAAAAUGAAGUAUUCUUGCAUGGCUGUUCCUGUUUUACUAACCUCAUAGCUGCAACAGGAAGUAACUCUUGUAGCAACUUGGAUUUAAAAAUACCUUGUGGUGGGGAAAACAGCUGCAGUGGAGAGGGGUGGUUCAGAACAACAACCAAAAAAUGCCAGCGCGUGUUACAGUAGUUAAAGUUGUUAACUACAACUCCCUCGCCCGGUUCCUGUAGCCCCUCCAGCACUGCCUUCGUACGGAGGCAGGCAGUCUGUGGACGUGUGAGGAGGCAAGGGGCAAGCUUUAACUGAGCUGAUGAACACAAGGGCAGGGUCGCAGACCUUCCGCGUAAAGGGCAGGCUGUGCCAUUUGCCUCCUUCCUAUUAGCAGUUUGCCAUUUAUAUAAUUUGUCCCUUUUCUGGGUAAUACAGAAAGGUUGUAGAUGUUUCAGGGUAUCCUGUUGUUAAGAAUAAAAGAGUUAAAUACAUAAAUAGUGCUUAAAAUUAAUGCUUGGAAAUUAAAGCAUGAUUAGAAAUUUAAAAACAUUUGCAUUCAGGAUGAAAUAAAAUUAUGUAAAUGAACAUUUAGAUGAACUCCAGGUAUAGAAAUUCAGCUCCUGACGAGACUUCGUGAAGCAAGAUUAAAUUAUAUCUCAAAGGCCUACUAAUGCUGAACCAGUACCUGACAGGCAGUUGUGAGUUGUGCCUGACUUGGGUCAUUUUAAAGGUGUGAUUUUCCUGUAGCUGCCUCCGGAUGAGCAUCAGGGCUGAAGUUCUGCGAGCGGUCAGCCCCCACAGCGGAGAGGACAGGGUUUGACACUGCGCCUCUCAGGCACUGAUGCUUUAGCUGUCAUAAAAUGAUUGUAACGGUACAAAAGGCGAGCACCCAACCAUUGCGCUUUAUCCGGAUGAGGAUGGCGGUUGAGUUUAGCCACCGCUUCUUCCAAAGGACAGUGGACUUCCAGCAGCCAGCAACACCUUGCAUCUGCUUUUCCUUCUGGCAGGUGAGUUUUAUUUUCCUUCUCAUAUGUAAGACAAACACGUCACUUUUUGAGAAUGAGAAAAAUCACUUCGUACCACAAACACUCAUGUACUUUGAACGUUAAAUCUUCUGAAGUCCUUGAGGACACACAGCCCUUAAAGACUUAAAACAGUUGAACACGUGUGAGAGAAAGAAGUCUUAAUGCCAGACUUGCUGCUAGACAUUCAGAUUCACCGAAGCUCGCAAUGUUUAUUUUAUGGAUCAGUCAUUUUUUUAGAUUCAUUUUUAAGCCUUUGAAGAAUGUUGCAGUGAAACUAUCUUUGAAGCUUCACAAUAGAAAAUAGCUCCUUUAGAAGUCUCCAAACUCUCAAACUAUAACUAUUAAGUAACCUAAUUCAUAUGAAUGCUUGAGCUGUUUGCCAAAGCCAGCAACCCCGCAGGAUGGCAUAUGCUCACUGCUGCACAGAACCCACAAAAUGAAAUUGGCAUCAUUUAAAAAUGCCUGUUUGGGAAAAGAGGCGGCUCAUUUCCUUCUCUGCGUGCUAUGUGCUCUGCAGCUUACUGACAUACUACACUAACAGGUGCAAUGCAUAUUAUUCUUUCCAAACACUAACUUUUGUCAAAAAACCUUUUCUUUAGUAAGCUUUUGCUCUUCU